UAAGCUUUCUCUAUUCCAACUGUGCCAAGUGGCAGGCACUUAGAUCUCCCUGGAAAGAGAAUCUCAGCUGGUCCCACUCCUGUUCGAGCAGUCCAGGAAGGCUAGGCACAGGGCUCGGAGGCAGGAAGCGGUGACGUGUGCUCUUGGGCAGGGUCUGAGGUUUUGGAACCUUUUUCUAAAAGGGACGGGGAGAGCACCCUGCAGCAUUUGCUAACCAAGAGGCUGGCGAGUUGGGCUGAGCUGGUCAGGAUGAGGCAGGUUCCCAUGGGCAGCAAGCUUAUCCUGGUUUUCGCCUUCAUCCUGGUUUGGGGAUCUUCAGUUCAAGGUUAUCCUGCUCGGAGAGCCAGGUACCAGUGGGUACGCUGCAAUCCAGACAGCGUCUCUGCAAACUGCAUGGAGGAGAAGGGACCACUCUUUGACCUAAACACAGAUGGAUCCAACAACAUCAACCCUCCAAUGGCCAAUCCUGUUCUGAUAAGAGGAUUCCCAAGUGAUUUCUUCCCUAUUACUGAAGACUAUUCUGGGUCAGGCUCGGGUUCUGGCUCGGGCUCUGGAUCUGGUUUGGGUUCUGGCUCUGGCUCCGGCUCUGGUUCCGGCUCCGGCUCAGGAAGUGGCUUCCUAGCUCACAUGGAAUCGGAAUACCAGCCAGCAGUUGAAAGCGAUGGUGUCUUUUUCAACUACAGGCCUUCCGACAGGAUGCUCCAGGAGAAUAACCAAGAGCAACCAGAAGAUUUUAUUAUAUGAAAAUGAUCAUUUCUGUUUCCCCAUCUCCACACAGAACAAUGUAUUCAGUAUACUUUGUAUACCACGCUUAGAUGAUGAGUCUUGGGAAAAACAGUUUUACAGAAAACUUAAAAUGCCUGGAAAAGACUCUUAAAUCCUAUCACCCUUUCCUCAUGAAUUCUUAAGGAAUUAAACUUUAAUGCUGUCAUUGUUCUAGAAAAUAUCUGCAUUUAUAAGUGUGUUGAAUCAACAUCAUGAAAUUAACUCAUACCCCCCAUCUGCUGUUUUUUAAAAAUUUAGUUUGAAGAGAAAAUUGAUGAACAAUAUUUCAUACCUAAAGUGUUCAGGAACUCAACUCACAUUGUGAAUUACAGAAAUACUCCAUUUUAUGAUUAAAAAUAAUAAAAUGAAACAGUGACCUUC